CCAAUGCUUUCCUUUCACCUUUGACAUUACAAAUUCCGAUUUUUCUGAUCAAAAUCAUCAGUUUUUUUGUCAAAAAAUGAGGAACGAUGAAGGUGGAACGAUGGUUUUGGAACACGCUGGCCACCGUGGCCGACCAAGUAAUCUUAGCAAUUUGUUUGCAAUAAACAAUGGCACUGGCGAGGAAGAAGAAGACUCCCCACAUCGUCAUAGCAAUGCUUCAAUGGCCAGUCCGAGGUAUUCCAUCAGCACCACGACGAGCGGCGAGGGUUCUCCUCCUCGCAUGAUGUCGCCGUGGAUUCAGCCUUCUCCAUGGCAUUUCCCUAGUUCUUCGUCUGCCCUCGAGAACGAUUUCGGCCAAAUCGGACUCAUCGGGUCUAUCGUUAAAGAAGAAGGCCAUAUUUAUUCAUUGGUCGCCGCCGGUGAUGUGUUAUACACCGGCACCGAUAGCAAGACCAUCCGCGUCUGGAAGAACUUGAAGGAGUUUUCGAGUUUCAAAGCUAAAAGUGGGCUGGUUAAAGCCAUUAUCGUGUUGGGUGAUCUGAUCUUCACGGGUCAUCAAGACGGUAAAAUCCGUUGCUGGAAAGUUUCAUCGUCGAACCCUAGCGUGAUCAAAAGAAACGGCAGUUUCCCGAAUUUCACUGAUUUCCUCAAAGGCUCUGUUAAACCGAAGAAUUACGUUGAAGUUCGGAAGAAGAAGAGCGUUCUUCGGAUCAAGCAUUUCGAUGCUGUUUCGUGCUUGAGUUUGAAUGAAGAAUUCGGACUAUUAUAUUCAGGGUCAUGGGAUAAAACCAUGAAAGUGUGGCGGAUAUCGAAUUUUAAGUGUUUGGAAUCCGUCGACGACGCGCAUGACGAUGCUAUAAACUCCGUCGCCGUCGGUUUCGAUGGCUUCGUGUUCACCGGCUCUGCUGAUGGGACGGUUAAGGCCUGGAAGAGAGAGUUUCUAGAGAAAGGAACCAAGCAUUCCAUGGUUCAAAUGUUGUUGAAGCAAGAGAACGCGGUGACGGCGUUGGCCGUGAGCAAGAAAUCGGCGAAGUUGUACUGCGGAUCCUCCGACGGACUCGUCAACUUCUGGGAACAUGGGAACCAAAACCUAACGCACGGCGGGGUUUUAAGGGGCCAUAAAAUGGCGGUUCUCUGCAUGGCUACCGCCGGAAACUUGGUGUUCAGCGGCUCAGCCGAUAAGAGCAUAUGCGUCUGGAGGCGAGAAGAAGGCGCCAUCCACAUGUUCCUCUCGGUCCUAUCCGGUCACACCGGCCCGGUGAAAUGCAUAGCGGUUGAAGAAGAUCACGGCACUUCGAGCAACUCCGACCGCAAGUGGAUUGCUUACACUGGCAGCCUCGAUAAAUCAAUCAAGGUGUGGCGCGUGGCUGAACAUGCACCAAACUUGAGGGUGAUCCAACACGGUUUCCUUUCUGACGAUGAUGACGGGGGAAGAGGCAGGCUCGUUUAGUGGGCCUCGGAAGGCACCCUUGGCGGCUGUGGAAGGAGCCACGUGUACAAACCAAAUAAUUUUAGCUGCCACAUCGGUUAAAAAAAAGCAAGGUAAAAGAGGGUAAUUUUAAAUUUUACAGUCUAUGCAUGAAGAAGAAGAUAGAGUGAAUAGCUCAUGAGCAUU